CGCCAGUGUUGGUCACUGCUGCAUAAGGUGCAACAGCUGUUAAUUAAAUUGUGUGCUAAUUAAGUGUCAGUAAAAAUGCACAUUAUCUGCAAGUCGCAGUGCGGAAAUCGCGCUGCUUUGAAGCGACCCAAAACCGGCGAUGCCCUGUGCAAGGAGUGCUUCUUCGCAGCCUUCGAGGCAGAGAUCCAUCACACAAUCUCCUCCAGCAACUUGUUCCGACGUGGCGAGAAGGUGGCCGUAGCGGCCAGUGGAGGCAAGGACUCCACGGUCCUAGCGCACGUAUUAAAACUGCUAAACGAACGCCAUAACUACGGUCUGGAACUGGUGCUCCUUUCCAUAGACGAAGGCAUCACUGGAUAUCGGGAUGACAGUUUGGAGACAGUGAAACAGAACCGUGACGACUACCAGAUGCCACUAAAGAUCCUGUCCUACGAGGAGCUCUACGGCUGGACCAUGGACCGCAUUGUUGCCCAGAUCGGCCGUUCUAACAACUGCACAUUUUGCGGCGUCUUCCGCCGACAGGCCUUGGAUAGAGGGGCCAAGCUGUUGGGCGUUGAUAGCAUAGCCACAGGCCACAAUGCAGAUGACAUUGCGGAGACUGUCUUGAUGAACGUGCUCCGUGGGGACACGGCGCGCCUGCGACGCUGCACGAGCAUCCGCACCGGCGGGGGCGAGGAUACCAUUCCCCGAGUGAAGCCCCUCAAGUACAGCUACGAGAAAGAAAUCGUGAUGUACGCCCACUACAAAAAGCUGGUCUACUUCUCAACGGAGUGCGUAUUCGCCCCCAAUGCGUAUCGCGGCCACGCUCGAGCGUUUCUCAAGGAUUUGGAGAAAGUGCGACCAUCGGUUAUAAUGGACAUCAUCUACUCUGGCGAACAGCUUCGCUUCAAGGACACGGUAAAGAAGCCCGAGCGUGGCACAUGCACCCGAUGUGGCUUCGUUUCCUCACAGCAGCCGUGCAAGGCGUGCGUCCUUCUCGAGGGUCUAAAUAGAGGAUUGCCGAAGCUGGGCAUAGGCAAGAAGUCGAAGGGCGAGCGAAUGAUUGCCAAGCAGAACCAGGAACUAGCAUUGCGGGAGCGAGCAAACUUAGUAAAAAACGAUUUUUAAGAACACAUAUGAAUUUUAUUUAUUCGUGAUUCCACAAGAUACAAAUUGUGUUCAUCCAAGGUUGCCAACCUGAAAAGAUAACAACAGGAACGAUAAGUUUGGUUUCGCAGGCUAAUUUCAUUAAUACUAGAAUGCAUUAUGAAGCUCAGUGCCAAGUUUUUAACCAGGGCCCAUAACCAGUCAAACAAGACGCUCUAUCUCCAAAAGAAUAUUGAAGAAGAUUGCCAGCGCUUGACCUUUAUAUGGUGUCUGUGAAUGGUUUAAGUGAUCAUCAUUGAAAUCUUCAUUUCCGCUAAACAGAAUCUCUUUUCGUACUAACCUUUUUAGAUAUUGGAAUUUAUAAAUGAACCAUUGACGGAUUCAUUUUGCUACGCAUGUUU